UGCAUCCUAACCGUAUUGUCUUUGAAUAUGUAGUGAUACCCCAUACGGGCUCUAGCCACUGAAUUACUACCAGAAAAGGAGAUUUUUCAUAAAAACAGCUCUGCUGCUUUCCGCACCAACGACAAUUUUCCCAUUCUUCCCAAAUCUCUCUACAUUAAAAACAAUCUCUCCUUUCUCUGCGGAUCAAUUCUUUCACACCCAGGAGGGGAACAAGAAUUCCAUCCAAUUUCUCUAGGGUUCCCAAAACAAGAAAACCCAAUUCUUUCCCACCACCACCACCACCACCACCAAUCCUUUAUGAUUCUUCCUUUUCAUAAAAACAAGCACAACCCAAUCAGGAUUUUGAUUCCCACCCAAGAUUGGCCUUCACUUUUCACCCACAGGGCAUCUUUGUUUUUCCUCCUAUUAUUAAUCUUCUUGGCUCUAUCUUCCUUCUUCCCCACUGAAGCCAUGAAGGUCCAUCCAAUCCCCAAGAGGCGCAACAUCUCCAUCCAGUACCAUUCCAGAAGCCCGCUCUCUGAAGCCCAGGCCCUCCUCGGCCUCACCCACAAGAAGCUCCGCCGCCUCCCCCACGUCUUCAGCCGCGUCCUCGAGCUCCCUUUCCGCUCCGACGCCGACGUCCUCAUCGAGGAGAACCCCGACUGCUUCCGCUUCGUCGCCGAAACCGAGAGCUUCGGCCACGACGUCAGGGCCCACACCGUCGAAAUCCACCCCGGGGUGACCAAGAUUGUCGUCAGGGAAAGAGGGUCCGCGGCGGAGCUGACGUUGGACGAGCUGGAGCUCGACAUGUGGAGGUUCCGGCUCCCGGAGUCGACCCGGCCGGAGCUGGCCAGGGCCGUUUUCGUCGACGGGGAGCUCAUUGUGACGGUGCCGAAGAUGGAGGGGAUGGAGAAUUCGGAGGGCGGCGGCGGCGGCGGUGGGAAUGGGGGGUUCAGAGGAGGUAUGGGAAAUCGGCUUGUGCUUGUACAGUAAUAAGUUAUUUCUGUGGUACUACUCCGAUUUUUAUUUACUUCUUCCUUUUCUUUUUCGGGUUAAAAAGUUUUAGUUGUUCUGAUGGAGCUGGAUCUAGUACUCAAAUUAGCUUUCGAGGCUCUUGGAACUAGUUGUUGUAUUCUGCUUUUGUUCAAUCAAGGAAUGUUGGCUUUGAUAA